AUGGCAGCGGAGGCGGCAAUCUCAUCGGUGGUGGAGCUGCUCGGCAAUCUGCUGAUCGAGAAGGUGAACUCCCUGCGAGGCGUGGAGGGAAAGGUGCGGUCGCUGAAAGACGAGCUGAAAUCGAUGCAAUCUUUUUUAAGAGACGCUAACAGAAGGGAAGCAAAAGAGGAAAGAGUGCGUGAUUGGAUACGGGAGCUCAGAGAAAUCGCUUACGAUGCCGAAGAUACCAUCGAAAUGUUCCUCAUCAAUGUCGAGAAUGUCAAGAGCAGAGGUCUUGUCAAGAGAUGCACCAGCUUCCCGAAGCGCAUGUACCACACCGACCGAAUCGGGGAUGAGAUCGAGUCGAUCCGCGCUAGGCUUGACGCGAUCGAUAAAAGCAGGGAGAGGUACGGGAUACAGAUUGUCGACGAGACGGAGAUGUCGCAAGUGGAACUGCGGCGGAGGUUGUGUGCUUGGCAAAAAGACGAACACCUGGUGGGCGUGGAAGAUACUGUGGAGAAGGUGAUGCGAGAAGCGAUUCUGGAUGAGGAGAAGAGAGGGCUUUCGGUAGUGGUUAUACAAGGCAUGGGUGGGAUCGGGAAAUCCACACUUGCACGGGAGAUAUACAACCACCCCGCUGUCGUUUCCGGUCCAUUCGAUCGACGUGGUUGGGUUGUGGUGUCGAGUGAAUUUGCGCCACAGGAGACGAUCAAGCAGUUAAUUUUCCAGCUGUCCGGAUCGGAGGUGGAGAAAAAGGAAGUGAUGGAAGAAAUCCAGAAAUUGGAGCAGUCGAUGAAGGAUAAGCAAUUUCUCCUGCAAAAGCUUCAAGAGAUGCUUCACAAACAACUGGAGGAAUCAACUUAUUUCAUAGUUAUGGAUGACGUGUGGGAGCAAGACCAUUGGGAUUAUUUCAACACUGCUUUCCCCCAUCAACAAGAUAAAACAAGUAGAUUAUUGCUUACAACCCGCAACAAGAUUAUUGCAAAGCAUGAUCAGUAUGCGUUAAAGAUGAAGCUUCUAGACCCGGAGAAAAGUUGGGAAUUGUUCUUGAAGAAGGCAUUCGUUAACAACACCAAUGGCACAUGUCCAGAAGAAUUAGAGAGUAUAGGCAAAAAAAUCUUGGAAAAAUGCGAUGGUUUGCCAUUAGCAAUUAGUGUGGCGGGAGGCUUGCUUGUGGAUUCUCAAGACAAGAGUAGAUGGAAACAAGUUCUCGAUCAUAUAGACUCCAAUAUCCUUGAGAACACCGUACCAAAUAUUUUGGCGUUGAGUUACCAGAAUUUGUCUCCUCAAUUGAAAUCAUGCUUCUUAUGUGCAGCCUUUUUCAAGGAAGACUUUAUUAUCUCUUCCAAUGAGAUAAUAAGUAUAUGGCAUGCACAAGGUUUGAUCCAAGAGAAAGGAGGUAGAAGUGUUGUGGAGUGUGGAAGAGCUUACUUAAAUGAGUUGAUCAAUCGAAGUAUGCUUCAAAUUCAGGAUCUAACCAUUGAUGGUCAAGUCAAAGGGUUUCGUCUCCAUGAUCUUAUUCGCGAGGUAUGCAUAGCCAAAGCAGAGCAGGAAAUGAGUGUGAAGAUUGUAAAGGGAGAGGAAGACGAGAGAGGAUGUUCAUCUGAAUCCUCGUAUAAACCUCGCCAUCAUGUUGUCUACAACAAAUCUUCUGAAACUUUAUCCUCGAAUCAGAAUAAGUAUCUUCGCUCUGCUUUCCUCUUUAAUGUUGGGGGGAAGAGUCUAACAAAUAAUAUUCCAUCUCCUUACUGGAAGAGCUUCGAACUCCUUAAGAUACUCUACCUUGAUGGCUUUCCGUUUACAAAAUUGCCCAGCUCUUUUCGGUGCUUAGUUGGAUUGAAGUACUUGAGAAUACAUACAAAUAACAGUUGGGAAUAUUUGAAGCUCCCGAGUUGGCUUGCUCGCUUUAAUAAACUCGAGUUUCUUUACGUGGAAUAUGCACAGUUCACAGGUGUUGCACUGAAAAUGGAAAGCUUGCUCAACUUCGGCGCACGUGGAGUACACGGAAAACCCAUGAAAGUAGAGAAUUGGAAAAGUAUAGAGAGUUUGAAGGGUAUCAGGCUAGAGGAUUGGGUGGAGAUGAGCUCAGGCCUAAUGCCUAAUUCUCAUCUUCGUGAAUUGCACAUAUAUGUACGCAUGAUUGAUAGUAUGGAUAGCAUGAUUGGGGAUAUGGAUGGUAUGGUAAGUAGGGGAAGAGCGUCCCUACAAACGAUGACAAAUCUUGUGAAACUACACCUGAUGUUUGAUAUGAUUGUGUCGCCACACUCACGCAUAUUGAACAAAUUAAUUCCCAAUCUAGAGAGUCUCACAUCGCUUAAACUUUCAAGUUAUGGUUUCUCUGACGAAACACUAGUUGCGAGUGUCUUCCCUCCCAAUCUGUCUAACCUAACGUUGGUUCGCAUGAGAAAUGUUUCGAUGGAAGAGUUGGGUAAGCUACCAAAGCUACACUAUCUCACCUUAAAAUAUGUUCAUGUUUCUGAAAAUAUAGAGAGGAUGAAGAUAUUGCAUGACGGGUUCCCCUGCCUCGAGGCCCUCUCCCUCAAAAGAAUGUUUCGUCUGAGAGUUAUCGACGUAGAAGAAGGUGGAAUGCCGUGCCUCAGUAAACUCCGGAUCCGUGAAUGCUCAUAUCUGAAGAGUACUGAGAAUCUGCCCAAACACAUCAUCAUAUCAUUUGCAUAACCUGCAGGUUCUGACUUGCCAAAGAUAGAGAAACAAAGUGGAGUUGAGUGAUAUGAGUUCAACAAGAGUCAAAGAGAAGACUCAAGUUCAACACUCUGAGGUGUCUUGUGGUUUACUCACUUGUCCUACUUUAGGAGUCCCGAUUUAUCAGUUUUGGGUAUCCCACUUUAGGAGUCCAGGUUGAAAUAUUCCACAAAUGGUAUUAGGUCUUACAUUCCACUAACCUUUUAUCAUUCACAUUCCACUAUCUUUCUUCAUCAAUUUUCCUUUACAAUUCUUAAAACCCGUACAGAACUCAACAGAGACUCCUAAAGUGGGACGGAGGGAGUAUUAUAUUUAGAUGACAUAGAUAUUUGAGUCCAUGUAUCAAUUAGUAGGGUGGUGUUGGAAUUAAUUGCCUCUAGGAUUCAAUUAAUAUUAGUUUGGAACAUCUUUUGAAUCAGACAUACUAGAGAUAUUCUUUCAAAUGUGUCGGAAUGAAGGGUGUUGAACAAUGCUAAUUGAGAAUUUAGAGAGAGAAUAUAUGGUUCAGGUGGCAAAAUU